CUCUAACCACGCCUCCUUCUUUAACCUGGUUUAGAGUAAUUGAUAUCUUUUUCUAAAGCGAAGGACUUGAAUUUCAUCUGCAUGAAAUCAGAUAUAGUGUCCGAGCCUCAAUAAUAUGUAAAGAAUGGACACCAAAACGCCACAAGAUAUGAACAGCGUCGACUAACCCCGAUGACUUUAGUCAGUUUAGUUUUUGAGAAUGAAUGUGAAACAGAAAACAAGAAGCAUGGAAGAGGAGGAAUUAACUGGAAAUACCAUGUGGCUUAAGAAAAUAGUUCUGCUUCUCAGGUAGCUAUUUAUAAGAGCAAGAAGACAUGUUUUAGUUGACGCAUACCAUAUUAUUUUCAUGCUUGUUUGGGUACACGCUGCAACCAUUUUAAGGUAGUGAAAACAGUGUGAUAAAAAGGAAGCGGUUUGGGUUGAGUAGCAAAAUUAAACUGCAAGACUGGGGUACAUUCAAAUUAGUGAUUUUAAAUAAGUUAGCUGAAUAAGCAAGCCAGAGCUGAGAAACAUGGAUUAUGGUGAAAGUGCUUUGUGUGGAAGUGGAGAACUGGAGCUGGAUCCAAAUAUUGUGAGCGAGGAGGCGGGGAAACUGUAUUCGGAGCUGCAGUUGGUGGUGGAGACUCAUGGGGCUGGUGUGGUGGAGUCCCUGCUGCCCAUCCUCGUCUGGGUUCUGGAAGGACUGGCGAGCUGCCGGGCUCAGCUGAGGGAGAGAGAGGAAGAGGCAGAGAAAGAGAAAGGAGAGAGAGAAGAACUGCUGGAGAGGUAUCAGAAUGAGAAAACACUGAGGAGAGAGAGCCAAGAGCGCUAUUUGGAGUUGGAUGACCAGUUUGAGCAAGAAAGAAGGGCAAUGCGUGCAAGAGAAAAGGAGAAAGAAAAGAGAGAAAGAGAACUGGAGAAGAAAGCCAGGGAACAAGCUGAUCAAUUGAUGGCUUUGGAGGAGCAGAAAGCAAAUCUGACACGAGAGCUAAACUCAAUCAAAAACACACAUAACAAGUUAGUGCUGACUCAUCGAGAUCUGCUGGAAAAGAAAAAGGAGUGGGAGAGUGAAGCCUUCACUUUGAGGAAUCAUGUGCACUGCAAACAUUCAGAAGCUGUUUCUAUCCGAGGUCAAACAGAAUCUACCAGCGCUGAAGAGCAUGAUCCAAAAGGUGGCAGUGCCCCUGAUUCAACUGUGUCAGAAAUGACCUUUACCAACAACAGCGAAGCAACUAAUGCUGAAGUUCACCAUAAUAAUGAUCAGUCCUUUAUUAGUGACAUCAUAAGCUCCACCCCUGAGCUCGCUCAUUUGAAGAGCUUUGUUGAAGCAAGCUCUCCCGUUUGUUCAAAGACAGUGACCUCUGAAUUAAACUCGAGUUUGUUUGAUGAAAUGAAAGAAACCCAGGAGGAUAAGAGAGAGGUAGAUGAAGAACAGAAGGUGAAAGAUGAAGAAAAAACAAAGGAGGAGGAGGAAGAGAUGGACAAUGACUCUGAUUCCUUGGAAUGGGAGUUGCGGAAUACCGACUCUGUGUUUUCAGAGUUAUCUGAGCUCAGCAGGGAAUAUGUGGAAAACGUCGACCAGGGGGCCUGUGUCAGAGAUAGCACAGACCAGUUCGAGCAGAUUCUUUCUCAGUAUGAAGAGCUAAAACACACUCGUGAAAUGGUGGACACUGCUCGUAAGGCUCUGAUAUCCCGUGUCGAAGAGCUGACCAGUGAGAGAUCUGCCCUGAAUAUGGAACUUGACUCUUGCCGUGAAACAAUCAGCCGACUGGAAGGAAAAACCAAAGAGAUGGAGGAUGAAAUCAAGCGGUUACGAAAAGAGCUUGAGACACUCCAGUCAGAGGACCCUGAUGCCUCGCUGCCUAUCUCCCUUCGUCGCUUCUCUCGUUCUGAAAUGGCCCGGGUCGUCAUGGAGAAGAAUCAGUACAAAGAGCGACUGUUCGAAUUGCAGGAAGCUAUGCGGCGUACUCAACUUCAGAGUGUUACAAAAGAAGAGCGCCCUCGUGUGGAAGAGAAGGGUAGUGUCUGGAGAAGGUUUAAUCGUUUUCUGGGUUUGACAAAGGGUCAGUUAGCUCCAGCCACAGCUGUAGCAUUAACCAUCUCUCCCACACCCGUUUCUGCACAAACACCAGCGGGGUCUCCAAAGCAACUCUCCACAAAAUUACCCCAAACAGAAGGUUCCCCUUCUCCCAGGUUAAGGAAAAGAGAGUUGUACAGGGACAUCCGUUCUCAUGUGUGGGGUACUCUGGGUAAAAAACAGCUUUAUGGCUGGAGCAUGCCUCUUGCUGUUACAAACAUGAAGGACUGUGAACUCCCUCCUGAGCCCAAAGACGUGCCAGUUCUCAUCCAGCUAAGACUGCUGGACCAGAGAGAUGCUACAGCGAAGCUCACAUGUGCCGUCGCAGUUCCUCCAGAGAUAUCAGGAGACCAGACGUGUUCUGUGUGGGCCGUCACUGGACCUGCUUCCAGCAGUGAUGUCACAGUGAUUGACCCAGCUCGCUCCAACACCAUUCUGGAUCAGUUCAGCCUUCCACCCACAUCCCCUGCAUUAUGCAUCUGUGCUGUGCCCCCUACUGGAGAUACUGCGGGAACUGUGUGGAUUGGAACACAGGAUGGAGGUGUGCUGAUUCAUUCAUCCUCCAGCUCCAGACGGCGCUGUUUGCAGUCUGUCAGUCUUUCUGAGGGUGUUCACUCUCUGACGUAUUCUCAGGGCGAGGUGAUCGCAGGCUUGGCUAAUGGAACGCUUGCGUUCUUCACCCACAGUUCAGGAAUCUGGAAUCUCCAGUCUCAAGAAGUGCUUUCACUCGGGACCCCACCUUUGCAGCCCAUUCGCUGCUGCCUAGCAAAGGAGGGCUGUCUUUGGGUGGGAUACUGGAAUAAAGUUUACAUGAUCAGUGUAAAAAUGCGGAAAGUAGAGAAAUCGUUCACAGUGUCGGAGCGAAGUGAGCAGCAGGUGCGUUUUCUGUGCGCGGCAGGAAGCGGCGUAUGGGCUGCCUGUCGCUUGGAUCCCAUUCUUAGGCUUUUUGAUUGGACAACGGGCCGCCCUCUACAGGAAGUAGAUUUAUCGUCCAUAGUGUCUAAAGCUUUAGGCUCUGCAUUCCUGUCUCUCUCUCCUCUUCAGAUCACAGCUUUGUCUGUGGUCAGUGGACGGCUAUGGGUAGGAACAGGAAGUGGUGCAAUUUUCUCAGUUCCCCUGUCUCUCAGUUCAGAGUCCUGCUCUAUACCAUACUGCUCUCUUGCUUCAGCUCAGCUCUGUUACCAUGGCCAUCGACAAGCAGUUAAAUUCAUUAUUUCUGCUCCAGGCUGCCGUAAUUCUUCCAGUUCGCCAGAUGGCACUGUUACUACCUCUCAACUCAUUCUCAGUGGUGGGGAAGGAUACAUCAACUUCCGAAUUGGAGAUGAUGGAAGUGAUGGGGCCAGUGAGUCUGUCCUACAGAGAUCAGAACGAAGUCACAUGAUUAUUUGGCAGAGCCCCACCCCAUCCGUCCCAAGCCCCGCUCUCUAAAAGCACUUCAGCUGUUCGCUCAAACAGUCUUUAAGCUCUAUCAGGAUAAGGUUGAGCGUACUACAUAGCACAAUGCAUUCGUUUUCUUAUGCCCCCCUUCUAUAGAUGCUCCCAAUGGGAAAUAAAGUUAAAACAAUAACAGUUCUAAGAAAUUCUGGACCUACAAUUUUUCAUUUUGCACUUUCGUUUUAUUUUGGGGUCAACUGAGUUUAAAUGAUAUUGUCCCUUUUUUAAAGUCCCAUAUCUGUUCAACAGGAUCUCUUCAGUGUGCCUUAGUGUGUGUGUGUUUUCAAAUUCUGCCUCAUAUUUGACCAGGUGUUUUUGUUUUUUUACACAAUUAUCCUAAAUACUGGAACAAAGACAGGUUGUGAUUGUAAUACUAUGGCAGGAAUUAUUCAUAUAUUUUUAUUUUAUUUUUAUUUCAAAUCAUGAGGAGUAAUGCAUUUAAACUGAUAUGCUGCUGGUCAUGACAUGAAGUAUUUUCAAACAGUCUGCUGGUUGCCUGUCGUGCAUUAGUUCAACUGGAAACUUGCACAAAUAAACGACAAGAAACUGAUCAAGAUUGACACACUACCAACAUUUUUUUGACUUUGGCAUCUAUAGUGCAUAUACUUCAAUCUGAAGUUUGUUUUUUUUUAGGUUUGGUGUUUACGGUGAAGUUUUAUUUUAAAUUUUAUCACUAUUGGUUGUUGGUUUCUAAGUUAUUUGUUGUGAAAUCAAUGGAGGAUUCUGUUUGGUGAAUUUUUGCAGUAUUUUUUGAAUGGGCGAAUGCGUGGCUCUACCUAUUUAAUAAGUGAGAGAGAGAAAGUGACUGUUUUUGUUAACUGGAAACUGUGUUAUGAAAAUGUGUAACUUUGUAAAUACAUUUUCACUAUAAUUAAUUGUGUGGAGUUUUAUUCUGACAAGUGAUUAAGUAUUGUUCAAAUAAAGCACCAAAGCUGCAAA